UCUCUUCCACAGGCACACAAACCUGUGCUUCUCUCGCUCCCCCCUCCCCUCCUCUUUUCCUCCCCCCCCAAACCAAACGAGAGAAAAAGGAAAAGCAGAAAUUUUUAAAUCUCAUCCCCCACUAUUUUAGGCCAAACAAGCUAUCCAUCACCUUCUGAGACCACAAGUAUAGAAUCCAUCAGUCCUCCCAGAACCUCUCAUGUUCUCUAGCAGCAGCAGUCACCGGUACAUCCGCAAGUGAACUCCCACUUUAUAAAGAAAGCCAAAAAAGAGACCCCCCUCGAUCCCCCUCCCCCUCCCGCAAAGAAAGGAGAAGAGCAAGAAAAGAGCUACGAAAAGGAGGAGAUUAACUUACCAGAAAAACAAAGAGAGAGAGAGGGAUAGAUCGGAGUUUGGCACACACCUUCCAUAAUAUAUAGGACCAUGGAAGUAGUACCGAACCCCGAUAGCCCUUCUUCAGAAGGCUUGGUCACCAGCCCCAACGCCUCCUCCUCCGCCACCGCGGCCGCAUCCCCGUCCCCAUCUCCCAGCCGCUACGAGUCCCAGAAGCGCCGCGACUGGAACACCUUCGGGCAGUACCUCAAGAACCACCGGCCGCCGCUCAGCCUCGCGCGUUGCAGCGGUGCCCACGUCCUCGAGUUCCUCCGCUAUCUGGACCAGUUCGGCAAGACCAAAGUCCACACCCAGAUGUGCCCCUUCUUCGGCCACCCCAACCCCCCCGCGCCCUGCCCGUGCCCGCUCCGCCAGGCCUGGGGCUCCCUCGACGCCCUCAUCGGCCGCCUCCGCGCCGCCUACGAGGAGAACGGCGGCAAGCCCGAAGCCAACCCCUUUGGCGCGCGCGCCGUCCGCCUCUACCUCCGCGAGGUCCGAGAGAUGCAGGCCAAGGCUCGCGGCAUCAGCUAUGAAAAGAAGAAGCGCAAGAAGCCCCCUCCGCAGCCGCACCACGGUGGCGCUGGCCCCUCCGACCAUCCCCACAGCCCUCCACCGGCCACCGGUGCAACAGCCUGAUCCUUCCAUCACCUACCUCCACCGCCGGCCUUAGCUAUCAUCCCUCGUAUUGGUAUGUCUAUCUAUCUGCACGACAAUAUUGUAGCCAGCCCGGUACUAGCUAGUCUAUAUAUAUAUAUAUAUAUAUAUAUAUAUCUUGCUCUCUAAACUACUGCUGUGAGACUACCGAGAGUUGCUAGCUGUUGUUAGUGGUAGCGGUUGUAGCGGUAGAAAUUUGAGCACGAGCUGCUGCUGCUACUGCUACAACAUUAGCACGGAUCGGUGGUAGCAGCAGCAGCAGUGGUAGCAGUGAUAUUAGCAGCAGUAAGAAGUUGUGAUAGAGGAACGAUAUAUGUAGUACCGUACGUACUUUGGAAGUGAUAGUUCAUUUCUUAAAAUUAUGUGCUUGCGAUCUUAUGUAUGGCGGGUGCUAGAUCUUUGAACAUCAAGUGUCCGCUCACUCCUUUCGGUUUGUUUCAUUUUUAUGGAAUUAAAGUAGUGAUCGAUGGAAUUA